AUGUCCUUUCUGAAAGUUAAAAUAAUACCUUUAGCAAAAGAUGUGUGCGUUGGAGUGGGGAAAAAGAUUGGAGAUAUAAAUUGUGUUGUAAUGCGAGGUUUUAAUGAAGAUGAAGUGUGCAGUUUUGUGGAGUUAACAAAAGAGAAAAAUGUUGAUGUAAGAUUUAUUGAGUACAUGCCUUUCAGCGGCAACAAAUGGAAUGAUGGGAAGAUGGUCUCAUUUAAUGAAAUGCUCCAAAUAAUUAGAAAGCAGUGGCCUAAUUUUGAUCCUCUUCCCAAUGGGCCCAAUGAUACCUCAAAGGCAUACCAUGUCCCGGGCUACAAGGGAUGCGUAGGAUUUAUUACCUCAAUGAGUGAACACUUCUGUGGCACAUGCAACCAUUUACGGCUAACAGCUGAUGGCAAUUUGGAGGUGUGUCUCUUUGGGAAUUCAGAGAUAUCUCUCAGAUACUUGGUGAUAAGUUUGUUUCAGGACAAGGUAAGGGGGGUGGGGGGCGGGAAGAAUCAGCUCUCUCUUUGUGAGCAUACCAGAAAUCCUUUAUCAACCCAAGGGGGCUGCAACAUAUUGCCAUUGUUGUUUGACUUGUCUAUCAAAGAAAAAAGAAAUGGAUCAAAACAAAAUAAAAGUGAGAAUGGAAAUGUAUCAGAAGCAGAUAGGAAUAAGCAAGGAACAUAUUCUUUAAUAAAUAAUUAA